AAGGACUUUUAACAGUAGAAAGAAAUGUUAAAAAAGAAACGACAGAAAAAAAAGGAAAGAGUGAAAAAAGCAAUACGGUGUAGGGGCAAAUAAAGGCAAUGGCGUUGUUGCCAUUCUCAAGAGUUGCCAGGUAAAACCCGAUUUCUAUUGCUUCACUCCACUGUUAAGGGUUCAGCUCACUCUCUGCACUCACAAUUCAAUCUAUUGUUUCUGCUCAAUUGCUGCUUCUUUCUUCUUCCUUUAUUCAAUUUCCCUUCAAAUUCCUCACUUCUAUUACCGAUUCUCUUGAUUGUACGGUUUUAGUAGAAAGCGCUUCGGAAUAUUUCUUCUGGAAAUCAGAUUUUCACAUUGGCGAUUUCAAAAUCUUCCCAUGACUAGACUAUAGACUUCAUAACCCUUUCUGUCUUAAUGGGCAUCCUAAAGAUUAGGCAGCCAGAGGUUGGUGGCUUUUGUAAACAAAUUUCUAACUUCAAUGGUAAAGACAUGAAGGUGGAAAAGAGCACAGUCUCCGAUGUGGACUCAGAAGAUGAUUAUGAGCUGGCAGAAGAGGGUUGUGAGCUUGGCAUGGUGGAAGGGAAGCUGUGCAAUAUACCAUAUGAACUGUAUGAUUUGCCAGAUUUAAGGGAAAUAUUAUCUAUGGAGACAUGGAAUUCAUGUUUAACAGAGGAAGAAAGGUUCUUUCUCUCAGCUUACCUUCCAGAUGUGGACCAGCAGACUUUUUGGCUGAUCAUGAAGGAGCUGCUUGGUGGUAGUGAUAUGCAUUUUGGCAAUCCUGUAGAUAUAUUUUUCAAGAGAUUGAAAGGUGGAUUCUAUCCUCCAAAGGUGGCUUCCUUCAGAGAAUGUUCGCAAUUUAUGCAGAGGACAAAGUAUUAUCAUUCUUUAAGAUCUUACCAUGACAAAAUGGUGGAAAUGUUCAAAGACAUGAGCAAGCAGUGGAAUCAGUAUGAAAUGAGCAUUGGUGUUCAGGAAAGAAUUGAUACAUGGAGAACUAGGAGAAAACAGGGGGGCAACAAUUUGCUUGAUCUGAAUACAGUUCCUGAGGAUAGUGACUUGUUAGGUGAUGAGUCUAACAGUAUUACACCUGUGCACCAUUUGUCAAAGAAAAUGAAGCUUGUAAGUAGUAACCCAGCUAACAAUAUCUUUCCCUCUCUAUCUGCUGAAAGGAUGAAAUUUGUUACUCCAAACUGCAAUGCAAAGGGGUUUCUCAAGUUAAAGACAUCUCAUAAAAGUUCACUCCAAAAUCACAAUCCAAAAAUAACUGCUGCUGACGUAUCUGAAAAAUAUCGAUCUGAGCCAAAAGGUGUGCUGAAAGUAGUACCAAGGGUUCCUUCCAUCCCACUAGAACAUUCGAAAGUGAUGCAGAGACAACUACAACCAAUCAUACUGGGCAGUAGCAAAAGUUUAGUUGAUGGUAAAAACUCUUGUUUACCAGCAUCUGUAUCCUUCAGGGAGGAAGGUGCUCUAGGCGAAUUCCCUUUUCUACAGCAGAAAGUUGGUGAUGGUGAUGUUCAUAUGGCUAAGAAGGAGCCUUGGUGUGUACUGAAUCAGCAAGAAAGUGCUGUAAGAAUCAGUAGAUAUUCAGAGAGUUCUACGUCGACAAGAAUGGUAAAAAGGGAAAUGAAUCUGUCAUUAGAUGAUACUGUUGAUUUAGGAGAACAGAAACUAUCCAGAAGCAAUGUGGGAAGGGGUGUAAACGUUGAAUCUGAGCCAUUAAUGGAUACAAUGGGUGCAAAGAGGUAUUAUUUUGGUGGAAUGGGAAGUAAAGGAAUUCCUGAGAGUUCCUUGACAAAAUUUCCUUUUAAAAUUCAGUGCUAUGAAGGCAUGUGGCAGAUAAAACCAAUGCAACAAGAGCAUAUUACUGUCAAUCCAAGCAUUCCGAACAUGGUCCCGAGAAUUUCGGAUGUGGGUAUCAGUAAGCAGGAAACAGAAGUGCCGUCUUCUUCAGAUCAAAUUAAGGGCCGGAUUGAUGUGAGUGUCAAAAUUUCAGAGAACCUCUUUGGUAAACCCAUUGUUUCAGAGGGGCUUAAAAAUGAACCUGUGUUUCCUUUGACAUACAAGCGAAGGAAGGCUCAAGUCAAGCAUAACUCAUUUGAUUUCGGGAAGCCACUAACAGCAGGAGCUCAUUUAAACUCUUCAAGCUCAAAGUAGUAUCAAUGUUGGAGGGAGAGCGCAAAAGCAGUGAAGAUAAAGUUGAUACGGUGGAAAAAACACGCCUGGAAAAGAGAGCUUAAAGAAACUUAGAGAGCUGAAGUAGAAUAUCAAACUUCAUCUAUGGUUUUGAUAAAAUAAUUCAUGUAUUAUAUCCUUCGUCAUAUGUCAAUCAAUGUAUAUCGGUAAAAGAAAAAGCCCAUCUUAUGGGCAAUCACAUUAUCCAACAAUUUGUUACUGUCCUUCUAUACAUAUACCCACAACUAUAUCCUAGAUUCCUAGUUGGUUAACUGGCAUUUUAGAUUUAUGUAGUCACGGUGAGCUAACAAAUUGUUCA